AUGCUGGAGGCGACGAAAGACUCCUUGCACGUCGGCUUCUCCUUGCCGUAUGACAAUGGCGACCGCAUCACACAAGCAGAGGUGGCCUGGUUUCGUCUCUCGGGUCCGAUGGAACGACAUGUGGCCCUGGGCGGCAAGGUCACGGUGCCGGUCUCUGCGCAGAGUAAAGAGGACGAGGAGGGUGGUGUCACCGUCGAUGUGCCGGACACGGUGGAGCGAGCGCUCCCCGAGGAGUACGGAGGAAGUUGGGAGGCAACCUUGACUGGGCUAGCACCUGGCACGGAGUACGAGGUUCAGGUGAGCUGCAUCAAUAGCCAUGGCAAUGGGUCCUAUUCCAUCGGCAUGAUCAUGGUGUGUGGAGCUGGCAUUCCAGAUGUACCUGGCAGGAUUCGCCAUGCGGUGCCCCAAGCGGACACCGAUUCUGGCCUGGAUGCACCCACCUUCCAGCGAAUGAUCAGCGAUAUGUCUCAGGGAGACCUUUCUGAUCCGGACACGCCUCCGACACCGCGCAGCAGCAUGGAUGAUGCCAGUGAGGAUGGAGGUCAUGCACAGCUCGAGGAGGGGGCCCUGGAGCUUCCGAGUGCCUCGGCGGUGCAAGCAGGCGCCGUCUUCUUCAAGAGGACCGACCAACUCCUCCGCAGCCAGGUGGUGAACAUGGGUGCGAAGAAGCCACGCCAACGCCGCUGGAGAUUCUUGGGUGCUGGCUUUGCGAAAGUGCAGCCAUCUGAGGAAAGCUGA